AAACAGGUGCCAUCCAUCCACGUAACCAUGUGAAUUUCAGGGAGAGUAAGUGGAUCACGCACAGGAACCCUGCAAAACCUGUCGUGUUCUGUUCCUUUUUCCUCGAUUUCUUCCCCCUUAUUGAACGGCAUGGCUACAGUGCGGCGGAUCCUCCGGUCGGUGUUCCUGCGGACUGGUGCUUCGUUCAGAAACACGAAGGACAUCCGCAAAGCAACUGGAAGAAACCAGCGAUUCUAACAUGAAAGUCAGAUGUGUGUGCAUUGCUUGACAUAUUCCGAGGAGGAUGAACAAGUCCUUUGGUCCGAGAAUUGAGGCCUUUGCACACCCCAAAAACCUCGGUACUUUGCUCAGAAUCCAUCCCAUCCCACUGAAUUGAAUACAGCUUGGGGCCCUGCCUUUUGGUGCCUUUUCUGCUUCAAUUGCAGACCACCACUCGACGGGGCCCGGCAGCAGGUCCAAAGGGUCGAAGAAACCAACGACCUCGAUGAACCGACCAUCCAGGACCACAUCCGCCCGUCGGCUGGGUGAAGCCGGGAGAGUUCACCUGGUUUCAAGUGGUUUCCACCAUGUGAGGUACCGCAAGAAAGCUCCGCAAAAUCAAGACACCUCCGCGAUUCAAUCGUUUAACUCGUUGCACAGCGAGUUAACGUCGUCUAAGUCAUUCUUCAGAGCCAACAAAAUCUCGACAGUGACCGCAUACAAAUCCGGAGCUUUCCAUUCUCUUUCCCCAUCCUGUUCUGCGCCGCAAAGCGGCGCCUGUCAACACCGCACCCUUGAGGCAGUUGAGGUGGAAGCGCUUGAGCAGCGCUACAACAUGGCGGCAAGGGAAGUGGAGCAGCUGGCAGAACAAAUCUUCAGUUCUCCCAGCUACGCCUCCGACGCGGCCUUCGUCACCUUCCGCGACCGGCGCCACGCGGAGUUCGCCCGGCGGCUGAAGUACAGCGAGAAUCCCAACGUCUAUGCCGUCAGUAUGGCGCCGGCGCCCUGGGAUGUGAACUUCGGCAGCUUCAGUCAGGAGACGGCCAACCUCUCGAAAGGCAAAGCCCUUCUGGGUCGAAUCUUGGUUGCGGCUGUGUUCUUCGGCUUUCUUCCAGUGGUGAUCGGUAUCUCUUCGAUGCUCUCGGUGGAUUCCCUCUCACAGUUGCUUCCAGGCUUGAAGGAGUGGUCGAUGGAGUACACCUACUUGACGGCCGCCUGGGAGGCCUUGUGGGGCACAAGCCUUCUAUCGAUGCUCAUGGACUUAGUUCCCUGGAUCCUGCAAGUCGUCUUCCGUCGCUUCUAUCGCCUCCGCAGUGGCGUGAAAUGCCAACAGAAGAUCCAGCGGUGGUAUUUCACCUUCCUAGUGGUCUUCGUCCUCCUGGUCACGGCGGUCGGCACGUCGCUCUUCGAGGCAGCCGCACGCUUCGCACAGGCACCCUUGCAGGUCUGGCGCUUGCUGGCCAUUCAGCUACCACACGCCACCAACUUCUACCUCCGCUACGCCGUGCUGUUGUGGGCGGCCCCCUUCUUCGACUUGCUCCGAGGUUUGCCGCUGCUACGCUUUUGGCGAGCCGUGCAAGCCGGAGAGCCUGUCAGCACUGCUAGGCAGAUGGCAGAGCCGGAGGACCAGGCGUUUCAUGGUUCGGGCGCACGCAGUGCCCGUUGGUCGCUGCACGUGGUGAUGGGUCUCACGCUUUGUAGCUUGCAGCCCUUCGUCCCGGUGGUCCUGGGCUUUGGCUUCCUAUGUCGGCGCUUGGUCUUUGGGUUUCUUAUGGUGUUCGUGGAGACGAAGAAGUCGGAUUCGGGUGGUCAGCUCUGGCGUGUCCAGAUGCAACACACCCAACUGGGCUUGGUGAUUUAUAUCAUCGUCAUGACAUUGAUUCUUCUGGAGCGAGAUGAGUCCAUGGUGGCGGCGAUCCUGGCGGGGAGCAGUGGCUUCUUCGUGGCACUCUUCUGGUUUUGGUAUCCAUCUUUGCUGGAACUGGCCUCCUUGCCUGUGCAGCAGGCGGAACAGGCCACGACGCUGGGACGCAGCUGCGAGGAGGUCGAGGUCGAGGAGGUCGAAGUUUCAACUCCUUAUCUUCAGCCAGAACUGCAGCAGUCCCUUCCGGUGAGUCUUUCCAUGGGGUCCACGGUGCACUGGCGCGACUUGGACCGAGCACUGCAAAGGGCCAGCGAAGGUGCGCUCGCCGCAAGCGCCGCGCGCGUCAGCGCGAGCGCUGCGAGCUUGGCGCCGAAGCUGCCCAGCCGCAGCAGGAGGCCUUUGCUGAGUUGCUUAGGCCUUUGCUGAGUUGCUUAGGCCUU